GCCCAUGCUGAAAAAGAAGACCACUGGGACUCUGUACUCCGGAUUGACGAGACAAAGAUAAAUGUUUUUGGAACUGAUGGCUUAAAAACUGUAUGGUGUCGCAAAGGUGAGGAGUACAAAGAAAAAUGCAUGGUGCCUACAGUAAAGCAUAAUGGCGGCAGUGUCAUUCUGCGGGGAUGCAUGAGUGCUGCUGGUGUUGGGGAGCUGCAUUUCAUUGAUGGUAUCAUGAAUUCACAGAUGUACUGCUCUAUAUUGGAAUAGAAGUUUUCCAACAUGACAAUUAUCCAGAACACACAUCUAAGGCCACUGUUGCAUUUCUGA